AUGGAGGAGUCCAACCCCCCUGGCUCUGGUUGGCGCAUCCCGAAGGCUUGCCAGGAGUGCCGUAAGCGCAAGAUCCGCUGCAAUGGCCUAAACCCUUGCAAAACUUGUCAGCAGAGGGAAACACCCUGUGUGUAUAGAGAUUUUAUUCGACAUCGCAGGAAGAAAAAUGAGUACCGAGAGGCACAUAGUGACGUGCUGGCGCGUCGGGCUUCUCCUGACUCCACCACUCAGCCUUCCCGGCCGCGGAGCUCGUCAGUCAUGAAUAACUUUCCCAGCAGUGUCUCGGCGACACAUAUGACAUCGCCGUCAUGUCAAAUGCAACUCUAUUAUGGACCCACAUCGCAUUUUGCACUCAUGCAACACAUCUAUCGGGACCUGAUCGCCAACCCGACCGCUCAUCCGGCGCCAUCAACUGGAGUUGAUGAAGCAGGCGCUGGCUUGGAUCUUUUCAGCUUUCGUCGAAUCUUCUUUGGAACGCCGGAUACUCAAGAUGCAGGAAAGCCGUCUAGUAUGGGCGACGUUCCGGUUAUGUUUUUGCCUUAUGAUCUUGCCAAGAUGUUUCUUACGCGAUUUCUUUCUUCGCUGUAUCAUAUGACGCCUCAUCAUCCCCCGGCAUACUUUGAAAGCUGCUUGGAACAACUGUACAGUCCAUCUCCCGGCAAACAUCCCGACACUCUUACUCAGGCCACCAUAUUGCUCGGCUUGGCAAUUGCAGCAGUGGGCACGGAGUACUUUGCGUGGGGCGAUAUUCUAUACGAACGGGUAAAGGCAUCGCUCACAUCCUACGACGAAGUGUUUCUCCUAUACGCCAAUUACCAAAAUGAGCAGGGUCGGCCCAAUUCUGCGUUUCUCCAUCUUGGAUCGGCCGCUCGCAAAGCACUCGCCGCUGGGCUGCACAAGGAUGUGCCUUAUGGAGAGGUGCAAACCUCAGAAAUGGUUGAAAUGCGCAGAAUUACGUUCUGGUCUCUUUAUCUAUUUGAAACGUGGUUCUGCUUUCACACGGGCCGUCCGAGCUCAUUGUCGCUCAAAGAUGUAGCCAUCGAAAAUACACAAGAUCCAUUCAUGCGAAGUCUGGUUCAUCUUUGCAAAACGAUUUCUCGUUCCACUGACGAGAUAUACGGCCAAAAUCACGAAUCUUUACUACACAUGUGGCGCGUCGCACGUUCUAUCAAUAAUGACCUUCGUGGGCAUGAGGAAUUCGCGCGACAGAUGGGAUUCGGUCUUGACGCCAGUAUCCAAACGGGAUCUAUGGGCAUCCGGCACACGAUCUUCACAACCUUAUACUAUCACACACUCCUGUUGACAUUUCGCCCUUUCUUGAUAUUUCGUGGCCACUUGCUACGACAAAGAAAGGUGGCGGCUCGCCAAGCUAGUGGAUCAUCCAAUCGCCUAAAGGAGAUUCCAUUUUGGCUGAAUGAGGCAUGCCAUCACGCCCUCGCGGCUGCGCGGGAGACAAUUCACCAUUUGAGCGAAGCAUCCCGUGCCAAUGAUCUUGUCAGGGCUGCGGCCGCUCAUCUACCAUGGGUAUAUGCUUCGUUGCAGACCCUGUCUACAAUGAGAUCUGGAGAUCCAAUUUCGAGCUCUAUAGCAGCCAUUCAAACAACUUUACGAAAUAUCAAUCCAUCCUACGAAUGGUUACAAUAUCCCAAAGCUGGAGAAAGCCCCUCAGUCGGCGCCGGAAUCAAUCCUUACAUUCCACGAGCACAGGACACCAUGGAAAAUCAACAGGAAUCACUGAAUGGCCCCCCCUUCCCAUCAAAGUCUGUAUUGGGAUCAGGUCCUGGUUUGUCACCAUCGCAAUGGAGUUUGCCGCAGCUUGAGGGACCAGAAACCGGUCGAUCUGGCGGGUCGAACGAAGACCUUCUCGAUUUCACUCAAUCCGAUAUGGGAUGGGAUUUUGAUUUCUCCACCAUGGACUUGGAAGCAUUUUUCUCCGUCUACCAGUCGGGAAAUCCCUCAUUCAUGCAGUGA